AUGGCGAGCAGAAUUUUGAAAGUGCCGUCGCCCUACGGCCGGGACUAUCGACAGGUCGGCUUCCGGAGCUCCCAGCUCUACGACCCAGAGGAACGCCCGCAGCAGCCAUUCUUCAGCAACAGCGACGAGAUCGAACAGGGACGGGAGGCAGCAGCCCAGUUCCAACGCACCCCAUGGCUUACACCACCGCAUCCAGAAGGCCCGGCUUCUGAAACGAUGCAUCAUGCAGAGCCGGUGGUGCCGGAUCAACCUCCUCUCGCUCCUCGCUUCGAUUUCGGUCCGCAGAACACCACGCAGGAGGGCUACAAGGCACUGGACAAGCUGAUGCGAUGGCAGAGUGCAGGAAAGGCCGAGGACGGACUCGCUCGGCGCUUUGCAGAGGCGCUGAAGGAGUACGCCUGCAUUGGAGCAAGCCUCCAACCGCAGCUUCAGUAUGCUUUGGUUGGCGAGUUUCGCCGGCUGCUCUGGGACAUGGUGCAGCAAAGGUUUCUAGAGGAAGGUCACUUGGAGUGCCUUCUUCUGGCCUUUAUGGCCACGCGCGGCUGGUCCGAGGAGUUGCCUCCCAUGGGCAGCAGGUUUCCCGGCAGCGCAUCUCAGAGGCGGCAGCAAGAGCCGGACACCUGGGCGAUGCGCGUUCGGAGGUUCAUCCAGGCUGCCGUGAAGGAUGUCGUGCAAACCAUGCACCCCGAGAUGAGGGAGAAAUGGAAGCAAUUCAGAAUCGCCGAAGUGCGCGAUUCGACCAGCGACAUCUACAGCUCCGUGGACGUGAGGGCUUGGCCGCUGAUUUGCGAGAUUCUCUCUUUGUCUCCGGACCUGCUCGCGAGCGAGGCUGUUUGCCGCCAAAUCCAGCUGCAGAUGUGCGUACAGGGCACGACGCGACCCAUGAAGUACCAGUGGCUUUGCCAAGCCGCCGACUUGCUCCACAAGCUGCACCUACAAGUCGAGUUUGACGAGGUGGCUGCCUGCGAAGAGCAGGGCAUCAUCCAGCCAGGGAUCUACACUACCUUCAAUGAUAGGAUGCUGGCCGUCAACGAGCGCAAGGAAGUGCUGUACACAGUCCUGAAGGAUGCGCCGCAGAACUUGAUCAGGAAGGUCCUCUCCCGUCUUGACGAGGACCUCGACGAAACCGAGCGAAAGGAGGACUAUGAGCUCAGGAUGCUCUACGACUUGCUGGACGAGCUGGACCAAGACAUCCGUCGAUGUUCCAAAGCCUUCUACCGGCUGAAGCGCAGCUGGAUUUCGUCGUACGAUUUCCGAACGGGUGUCAUCGAGAACGAGGAGCUGACGCCAGCGCAGUUCUGCGACCACAUCGAGGACGACCCAAACUACGAGGUCCUCCUAAGGGAUGCCGUGAACCGGUUGAUGCGCGUCAACCGCACCUUUGAGGCCGCGAAGAUGCUUGCCAGGCCGAAAGCCAAGGGCACGAAGGUCGUGGAAAACAUCAAAGACACCCAGGUGCUGUACAUCCGGUCGCUGUACGAGGAGGAGCAGGAGCCGGAGGAUUCCUUCGCCCCUUUGGCGGUGGGCUCCAUGUGCCUUCCUGGUGGCGAGGAAGACGUGCUGCGGGUGCCGAGCACGGAGCAUGUGAAUGGAGAGGACCGGGUCACCCCGUACGCUCUUGACAUCCUCAAGCAGGAGCUGUUGGAAGGGCCGCCCGUGGCCGUCGGUGUGUGGUGGUUGUGGCGCUGCUUCAAUGCCCACAUCGACCAGCACUCCCGCGCAGCUGUGCUCGCGCUGACGUACAGACACCGAAACGGGCAGAAUCGCCUGAUUCUAGUUGACAUGAUCGCGUUAGAGCAGGCGAACCAGGAGCAGGAGCACCUGCACAAGGAUGUGCUGGGAAAAAUUCUGAACGCGCCGCACAUUCUCAAAGUGGUCCACUUCCUGGAGCGCACCGCGCUCCGGGCCCUGCAGCUUGCCUUCGUCACGGAGGACGUGCGACAAGGUCCUAACAAGCCGGAGAGCUACAUCUCCAUAAGCCCGUGCGUAGACGUGGCUUUGGUGGUGGCCUGCCUCCAGGGCACUUCCGGGGUGCAGUGCAACGAGCUCUUCAGCUGGGCCCUCACGAAUACUGCUCACAUCUACCUAGCCGACGAAGACAACGACAAGAAUCGCACCAAGAGCGACGAGGCAGCUGACUUUGUGAUUUUUUGGAACCAAUGCCUGACCAACAUGCGAGCCAUGAUCCUUGUCUGUGCCUGGCUGGCCUUCAGCCUGAAGCCGCUGUCGUUCGGAGUGGCUCGUAGGGCACUGAUGGCCCCUAGUGAGGAGGCCAGAAAAAUCCUAGGUGAGAGUGCUGACGAUCAAGCCAUCAUUAAGUUGGUCGACUUCGUCGUUAAGAGCCGUGAAGCACAGGCGCAGGCAGAUGCUCGUGAAGCACAGGCAAAGGCGCAGGCAGAUGCUCGUGAAGCAAAGGCGCAGGCAGAUGCUCGUGAAGCAAAGGCGCAGGCAGAUGCUCGUGAAGCAAAGGCGCAGGCUCGUGAAGCAAAGGCGCAGGCAGAUGCUCGUGAAGCAAAGGCGCAGGCUCGUGAAGCAAAGGCGCAGGCAGAUGCUCGUGCGGCAAAGGCGCAGGCUCGUGAAGCAAAGGCGCAGGCAGAUGCUCGUGAAGCACGCGCUCAUCAUAGGCACUUGGAGCAGGACAAGUUGCGGCUGGAAGCGGAGCUGCUGGGCACCAAGUCGCGGUUCUCCGCAAUUCUUUGCAAUCGCUUCUUGAUUGAAACCGGCCUCAUUAACCUCUAUCCCACAUCAACGCUGUCGAAAGGCUACAGGACCUUCAAAACACAGUUGAUGCAGAAGAAGACGAAGGGACAAGGACCCAGACUAACAUUACAAGGACGGACGCUGUUCAACUGCAUCGUGAAUCAGACCAACAUGACCACCAAGCAGACUCACGUCGCCACCGAGCUGGAUGAUCUUAUACAUCACCUGUCAUCUGACAUCCAUUAUCCAGAGUUGGAUCACACGGGCUUCGUGUGUGGAGGGAAGCAGCCUCCACAGGCCAUCGCAAUCGCAAUGGCAGUGUGCUACUUGCAGGUCAAAAAGCAGCUUCACCAACGAGUUGUCUUCCUUGACCAAAACUAUAGCCCAGUCGCGACAUUGGUGGAUGGAACCAUCCAGCCACCGCCCUAA